CUUGCGCAAGCGCUCGGAGGGCGCCGGGGUACACAAUGGAGUCGGACGUACAUAGACACGACUGGCUAGGACACUAGGAGUACCGUCGCUUUUGUAAGCGGCAGUUUGUGUAUUAUGAAAUAACCGUGGAGGUUCAAGCCAGCCAGCAGUGGCGGUGACGCCGUCCACAGACGACUUGACUACAAAGCGAAAGAGUGCUGAGUAUCGGCCGAGUUCACCUGCCGAGCCGCUGUACUCUGCUUUAGCUCUGGCUGCUCUUCUGCGGUUUUCCGUGUCUUUGUCCGAAAGAAAGAGCAGUGCAAUAAACCGUCCGGAUAUAACUGCUGAGGAAAAUGUCAGAGGUCAACAUAGCCAAACGCAAGGAGAAGUGUGAGAACUGCACCAAACAGUGCAAUAAGAAGCAAAGCGAUGAUGGUGCCAACUCACACCAGGAAAGUGAAGAAGUCAAUGGGCAGCUGAAUGAAGGAUCCCAGCUGUUGCUGAGUGCAUGUCUGUCCUGUGACGGCUGUCUGUCAGACGAGGACACCUUGAAGAUCUCCCAGCAGGGCCUGGAAGAAGUGGAGCGAGUUCUGGCGCUGAAUAAGAAGUGUGACGCGUCGAAGCACAAGGUGCUGGUGGCGUCGGUGUGUCUGCAGUCUCUGCCUUUCUUUGCUGUCAAGUUUGGUGUGGACGUCACUGAAGCAGCCCAGAAACUCUGCGGCUUCCUCAAGCACAUCGGAGUGCAGUAUGUGUUCGACACCACUGUGGCAGCUGGCUUCAGCAUCUUGGAGAGUCAGAAGGAGUUUAUUCAGAGGUAUCGCAAGAGGCACCAUGACCCCCACGCCUUGCCCAUGUUCACCUCCUCCUGCCCAGGAUGGAUCCGCUAUUCAGAGCGCGUCCUAGGCAGCCUGGUCACUCCUCAUAUCUGCACAGCCAGGUCUCCCCAGCAGAUCAUGGGGUGUCUGGUCAAAGACUACUUCUCUAAACAGCAGCAGAAGUUGAGUCCAGAGAAACUCUACCAUGUGGUGGUGGCUCCCUGCUUUGAUAAGAAGCUAGAAGCUGUCAGAGAAGAGUUUUACAACAGUAUGCUGGAGACCAGGGAUGUGGACUGUGUACUUACCUCACGGGAGAUUUAUUACCUGAUGGAGCGGAGGAAGGUGUCAGUGGAGGAGCUGGACUCGGUUCCACUGGACCAAGUGCUGGGAGAGAGUGGAGACGUGGCAUUGCUGAGACAUGAUGGGAGAGGCUCUGAAGGCUUCCUGGAACACAUGUUCAAACAUGCUGCUAAAGAACUCUUUGGUCUGGAUGUCCAGGAGAUCACAUACAAGACCCUCAGGAAUCGAGACUUCCAGGAAGUGACACUAGAGCGGGACGGUGAAACACUGCUGCAGUUUGCUGCUGUCUACGGUUUCAGGAACAUCCAGACUCUGGUUCACCGUAUGAGAAAGGGACGUGUGCCUUAUCAGCUGGUGGAGGUGCUGUCCUGCCCUGGAGGAUGCUUGAGCGGCCGCGGUCAGGCGGAGAGUGAGGGAGGGGGAGGUCGGUUGGACAGAGCCUUGGUCCACCAAAUGGAGGAGAUCUACAGCAGCCUGCCAGUCCGGCUCCCAGAAUUCAACCCUGCCCUGCACACCCUCUAUCAAGACUGGCUGCAGGGUCAGGACUCGUCGGUGGCCAGAAAGCUGCUGCAUACAGAGUACAGAAAUCAAAGUCAGAGCCACACACAGCCCCCACACAUGCAGUGGUGAGAAGGAAGGGACCGUUUUCCUUUUUUAGGCAUGAAUGGACAGAUAGUUGAUUCUGAUUCUGCUUGGACCGUCCCAUAUCAUGACUAACUGUGGACCACACAGAAUGAUGGACCCGUGACAUGAGUUCUUCCAUUUAACCACAAGGGGGCGCUGCCUGCAUUCGAAUAAGACGUGGCUCUUCUUUGCUGGGCCUGGGGAGAUGUGAAGGGCCAGAGUACAGAAAAAAUUACCAGUAUGUCAAUAACCCCCCCCCUCCCAGAGAGCCUAGAAGAAGCUUGUAUAUUUGAGGAGUUUGAUGAUUCCAAAUCUUAACUGUCCCAGUAUGAAACCUGCAGUUUUCCAUGCUAAAGUCAUCCCCACUGUUUCUAGCUGAAAGACGAUGUGUUCACUAACACAGUGAUAACUAUGCAACAAUGUCUCAUUCCAACAGUCACAGUGAACGGACAGCAAGUCGCUGCAUUCGUGUCGAGUGUUCGGAUUAUCCGUCCCAGAGGAGGGGGAGUCGUUCUAUUUAAGGGUACCAGACCAUUUUAUUUGUAUCACUGUGUAAUUUCACAAACUGGCAUUUUCAUUAAGUUAUACAUUAUGUUUAUUUUACAAGAUCAAACAUACAUGUCAUAUGUAAAUCACUUAAAAAAAAAAAGUCCCAAAAAUAAGUGAAUUGUCUCAUUUCGGUGUCGUAUGUGAUGCUGAGGGUUUGUUGUAUUUUUGGUGGGGAGAGUUGGGUAACAUGGUCACAAUUCUAGAAAGAGACCAAGACGAGUGUUGUCUUUCCACUAAAUUCAAGAGAAGAUACAACUGCUGAUGGAUCCAGAAACCAGGCUAAUCCCCAAAAUAAUCUAGAUAUAAAAAUGUAUUACAGGUCACAGGAGAAACAUUUGUAUCGUCUUAGUGGAAGCGUGUAACUCAAGACAAGAAAUGACCAAAGUUUGAGCCUUGUGAAUACCGCAGAGGCAUCCCUGGUGAUUACUGAAUAUAUUUUGAUUAACCCUUUUUCUUUCUGUUUUUUGCUCUAAUGGAUUAAUAUUUGAACAAAAAGCUGUCAGUGUUGCAGCAGUUCAAAGGAAGUAUUAAAUAGGUUGACACUUUUGAAAA